AUGCGAGCUCUUUCUGUUUUUAAGAAAAAUGUAUCUAGGAAACGUUUUGCUAGGAGAUUAUUGGUGCUAGUGAUUGCAAGCGUGCUAUGGCUUCUAAUUCUCGGCAGAAUUCCUAGUAUGUACAGGGAAUCUCCUUCUCUGCAGCGAAAAGUUACUGAUGAGUCCAAAACUUAUGAUCCACUUUUAGCGCAGCAGAUUACACUAGAUCAGAAAAUUGGUAAUUUCAGAAAUAAGGUAUUUAGAACAUUUGAAUUCGUUAACUUUAUGGGCAAUCAAGCGAUACCAUCUGGGUUCAAUCAGGAUGAACCUUGUAAUUAUAAUAGCAAGGCCAGUUUGGAAUACAGUAACUCCACGGUUCCCAUCAUUCCAAAUUACACAGUUUUCAGUGAGUCAAUCAACCACCCGAAGUCCCGAUUAUAUAAGUUUUUACAAGAGCUUACCAAUGGCAAGCCCAUUGAUACUACGUUUGCUAAAAAAUGGUUCAUGUUUGGAUCUUCUGCAGAAUGGCUAGAAGAAGAACAGUGCUAUGUUUCUUAUAGCAGACUUAUCAUAUCUGACUGGGACACUCGUACGCGAGCGUCAGUAUCACUGAUAGCAGCCCAAGCGUUUGACAAAGAUUGGAAUGAGUUGUACAACAAACGUAUCAAAUAUGUAGACAUUGAAACACCCGAAGACUUUGAUGAACAAUUGAAAGCAAUAAAUGCCAAGUAUAACAUUGUUGAGGAGUGUCUGGGAAGAGAAGAGGAUGGUGGGUAUACAAAAUCAGAUAUUAACUCUGAAGGAACAAGUAAAUGCACACCAAUUAGUGAUGAUGUAAAGGAGCUUGCUGAAACUGAGAAACGUAUGCUGAUUGAUAGGUAUUUUAGAGUCUAUCCUACUGUGUUAGAUAUACCAUUCAAGCUAACGGGAGAGGUUAGUUAUAGAGGUCCUGAAGAUCCCAAAGUCAUUAUCAGAAGAAAUGCAGACGGACGACAUGAACCCGUAGUUGUCUAUAAUAUGGACGAUGACAACUACGAUAGAAGAAUAAUGUUUGCCGUUAUGCCACAUCGGAAGAUAAAUCCUAUAGUGCCCUUGAUUGACGACGAAUUCAGUAUAUCUGGGCCACAGAAGAACUGGACGCCUUUCAUCAACGAUGGUGAUGUUACUAAGGAUGGGUCUCGUGGGUUCAUUCAUGUUGCAUUACAUAUUAUCCCUACAACGAUAUUGAGAUGCUCUCUUGAUGAUGGGGUGUGUAUGUAUGUAUUCAGAGGGGAGAAGAUCAAUAAGUUACAAAAAGAGCUCAAGGAUUUGAGAGGCGGGACGUCAUUUAGGCGGGUACCAGAGAUACCUGAGCUAAAUGGUCGGAAGGUCUGGAUCAGUAUCAUCAAGAGCCACUUAAACAACUGUGGGGGUGCUUCUCAAUUCUAUAGACCCCAUGUGGUACUAAUGGAGGAGACUGAUGGCAAGUUCAAUAUCUUGUCGUACUCUAGUGCGAUACACUUUGAUCGUGAAGUGCUAAGCUGGGAUAUGCACAGCUCAGCGAUGUACCACGUCAAUAUCAUGUCCCCAAAUUCAAUUGCAUCGUGGCAUAUUGUCUCGCAUGUCCAUUCCAAGUACGAAGACUACAUGGAGAUUUCAUUCAGUGAGGCAGAUUGUAACAGUAGUGUUAUUGUGGUUAGAGGCAUGCUGAACUACAUCUUACAAGUACUAGGAGACAGUGAAAGUGUAGAUUGGGAGUCCAAGGAUUUGGGUCUCAGACUCGGAACCGCACCGGCCUGUGUACUCACCCAUCUGAGAGAGCAUUGCGAGGCGUACGGCAAACUCCGUCCAAAGACGUGA